GCCCCACCAGAAUGACAAUCCCAAACCCCGUAAUAAUCCUAACCGGCGGCUCCCGAGGUGUGAUAUGAUGUCCCCCAGCUCCCACUAUCACUACCUUCUAACCGUCACCCCCCAGGAACUGGCCUAGCAAUAACAACCUACCUCUUAACCACAACACCCGCGCACAUCCUAAACAUCUCCCGCACCACUCCACCACCCCUCCAACACCUUCAACUCUCCUACCCAGACACCUUCCGCCACCUCCCCGUCGACCUCUCCAGCCCCACGACCGCCCAGCAGGUGAUUGAAACAGCACUGAACACUUGGGGCCGCAUAGACUCCCUCAUAAUCAACCACGGCGUGCUCGACCCCGUUGCGAAAAUUGCCGACGCAAGCGUCGGAGAGUGGGAGCGAGCAUUCCGGACGAACUUUUUUGCGGCAGUGGGGUUGGUUAGUGCUGCGUUGCCCGCGUUGAGAAAGAGGGAAGGGCGAGUGGUGUUUGUAAGUUCCGGAGCGGCCGUUACGGGCUAUCAGGGCUGGGGGGCAUAUGGCGCUAGUAAAGCUGCCCUGAAUCAUUUCUGUGUUACGCUUGCGGCGGAGGAAGGAGGGGUAAUUGCUGUUUCUGUUAGGCCAGGAGUGAUCGGUUUGUCUGAUGUCUUCUUCCGCGCUGCCUGCAUCGUGGGCUGGACUGAUGGACUGGAUGGGUAGACACGCAGAUGCAAGAGGAUAUCCGCGAAAAGCAUGGCGAAGGGAUGGGCGCUAGUCACGAGCGGUUUUUGAAGUUGAAGGAGGAAGGAAAGUUAUUGAGGCCCGAGCAGCCGGGGAAUGUCAUAGCUAGGUUGGCGCUGGAGGCCGAACCCGGUCUCUCAGGGAAAUUCCUCAAGUAUCACGCCAUCAACCACUCCUCUCCUCUCCAUUGUCUGCGACGGAACUGACAAAUCACAGUUGGAAUGACGAGCAACUGGCCAAAUACCAGGAUAAAACUUAGAUUGGACUAAACCGCCUUCAACAGUAUUUACACACAUAUGUAUAUUAUCCAACUCGUCGGCCAACCCCUGUUCCUGGCAGUACCGUAUUCAUCAUGAACACUGGUGCGAGUAUCUGGGAAGGAAAAAGCCUAAAAUCUCCUGGAACAUCAGCAACACAUCCGGUACCACUGCCCCAUCAAAAAAACAGAAAGAAAAAAAAAAAACAAUAAGGCAAAGGCAAAUCAGUCGAAAGAUGAAAAGUCAAAACGGUUGUAUCAUUCACAAAGCCGAAGCUCUCCGCAUUAGCAUGGAGUUUCGUUCAUCAUCUAAGCCCUCCCUCUCGCGUCCCGCAACGUAAAAUAAGUAGAAGGAAGAAAAAAGGUCUCACCAUUAAUACACCCAUUACCCGGUACACCCCGCAUCAAGCAGGUAACCUCCAAACCGCACCCAAGCAAGGUCGGUGAGCCAUCCAGCCCGACUCCGCCAAUCUCCAUUCUCAUCGCAGCCGGCGCUCUGUAGAGAUAGUGCUGUAUCAGGAGAUCCCCUGUCACAUCAGGUAAUCGAACCAAUUCUCUCCGCACGCGGUAAUUGACGCGCAGGAUCACGCUUGCCGCAAUACCCAUAUCAUGAUUACGACUCCUCUCCCUUUCCCUCCGCCUUAUCCGCUUCUCGCGUGAUCAGAAAUACGAAGUCAAAGGAUCCAAAACAUGCCGAGUAUCCCGUUCCCAUCGACCAUCGAGAAGCUAAGUAAAAUUCUUCAUCGGGUUAGUCAACAGAAACAGAGACCACACGAGGAUGAAUUGCGAAAUCGCAGACGAAAAAAAGGAAGAGAUAAAUCAGAUAUCGUCCGUUUGGCAUAGGACAGGUGUGUAAGUCACCACCAAGAAAAAACGAGUUUCUUGUCGUGAUAGGGGCGACACGAAUGGCUCAUCAUGUAUUAUAUUGUAUACUCCUGCCUACCUCCCAACUGGGGAAGAGGAAGGAAGAAGAAAAGAAGAAAAAAAAGGAAAGGGUUGUAGAGUGAGGUGCACUCACCAGUUUUUUUCUUUCCAUGUUCGGUGUUGAAAAUAUUUUUGAUAUGAUAUUCU